AUGCUGGUCACCAACUUCACCACUAGAAGGAUCCUUGUCGACAAUGGUAGCUCUGCAAACAUCCUCUACUGGAAAGCUUUUACCUGUAUGGGGAUAGACACUGCCCAACUCCAACCAGCUCCCAUGCCACUCAAAGGUUUUUCUGAGGAAAUGGUCUUGCCGGUCGGGACCAUCACACUGUCAGUCUCGGCAGGUAGUGCCCCUUGUAUGGCUUCUGUCAUGGUCGAAUUCUUGGUUGUAAAUGCUCCUUUGUCUUACAACGCCAUAAUCGGUAAGCCUACCCUCAACAGCCUAAGGGCAAUGACGUCAACCUACCACUUGAAGAUGAAGUUCUCGACUCCUCUGGGAGUAGGGAAAAUACGAGGAGAGCAGGUCUUGGCACAUGAGUGUUAUGUGUAG